AUAAUGACAUACCAAAAGAAGAAGUAGAAGAUGAUAUCACUGUAGCAACGCACUUCAUUACUAAAAAGUCAGAUGCUUUAUUAGCUACAGCGCUUGUCCUAGGAAAGGGUGAGAAGGGGCAAGUGCUCACACUGCGGGCUUUGAUUGAUCAAGCUUCAGAAGCGAACUUCAUUUCAGAGAGAGCCGUGUAAAUGAUGAAACUACACAAGACACCGGUCAGGGGUUCAGCCACAGGACUGCAAUCAAUGAAGACUUCAAUCAACAGUAUGGUACAGUGUGAGCUUCAGUCAAGAUUUGACACUGAUUUCAACCUAAACAUCAAUGCAUUUGUCUUACCUACUCGAGUAACCUCUGAACUUCCAUCACAAACACUUACCAAGACUCACCACGCUUGGCAGCACCUUAAUGGACUCGAUCUGGCAGACCCGAACUACCAUCAACCAGGUCGAGUAGACAUGCUUCUAGGCGUUAAGGUCUAUGCACAAAUUUUACUGAACGGCUUAAUCAAAGGUCCUCCAGGCUCACCAUGUACACAAAUUACAAGCCUUGGAUGGAUUGUGUUCGGAGACGCUGAAGGCAAUUCUUCAAAAAAUAUUAUUGUCAUGCAUCACAAACUCGACUUAAACCUUCUGGUAAAAAACAUGUGGGAACUGGAUUCAGCAGAAAAACCAGAACUUACAGCAGAUGAGAAACUUUGUGAAACUAUUUAUGCAAAUACAACUACCAGGACAAAAGAAGGAAGAUAUAUAGUGAGACUCCCCACAAGAACAGAGAAAAUUAAGCCAACAGAAGGACAAACAAAGGACAUAGCACUGAGAAGAUUCAAACAACUAGAACGAAAAUUUGAAAAGGACGAAGAAUUCAAAAAGGAAUACACCAAAGUCAUAGAAGAAUAUACAACAUUGAAGCACAUAGAAGAAGUUCCAGACACUGAAAUAGACGCCCCAUCAGUAUAUCUCCCACAUCUUGCUGUGAUUAGGAACGACAAAGACACAUCUAAAGUGAGAGCUGUGUUCGAUGCUUCAUCUAAAGGCAUAAACAAUAUUUCACUUAAUGAAGAGCUACUGGUGGGUCCACAGCUUCAAGAAGAUUUAAGGAACAUAAUCAUGAGAUGGCGUAUGAAGAAAAUCUGCUUCGUUGCAGACAUACAGAAAAUGUAUCGUCAAAUUUUGGUUACAAAACAAGAUGCAGAUCUGCAGCGUAUACUUUGGCGCAAAUGUGCAGCAGACCCUAUUAAAGAAUACCGCCUGCUUCGUGUCACGUUUGGUACAGCAUCUGCACCAUACUUAGCUGUGAAAACAUUACAAAGGUACGCAGAAGACGAAGGAAAACAUCACCCAGUAGCUGCAAAAACGAUUAAAGAAGAUUUCUACAUGGAUGACCUCAUUUCGGGCCAAGAUAACACAGAAGACGCUGUAGAUGUAGCCAAAAAUAUUGCAAAUAUUCUGAAAAACGGAGGAUUUAAUCUGCAGAAAUGGUCUUCUAAUAGCACCAGCUUUUUGAAGCAAUUCCCACCGGAUGAGAGAAACAGCAAUGUAAACAUGGCUAUCAACCUUGACGGAACUGUACGUGCACUGGGUAUCACUUGGAACAUGGGUGAAGACAGUUUUCAGUAUAAACUUGAACUACCCCGGCAGCCGAUAACUAAUACAAAGAGAAACAUACUAGCAGAGAUGCAAAAACUAUUCGAUCCUUUAGGAUGGUUGGCACCAAGCAUAAUUCAAGCCAAGAUGCUUAUCCAGAAACUUUGGUUGCACCGAUCAAGUUGGGAUGAUGAAGUAGAACCUGAAAUAAAAAAAGAAUGGUUAAACAUAAGACACAAUUUUGAAAACUUAAAGGACGUCAAUAUACCAAGAUGGCUGCACAUAACUAAACUUAGACUAGAUCAAACUACGAUACAUGGAUUUUCUGAUGCAUCUACAAAGGCUUAUGCAGCUGUCGCUUAUUUAAGAGAAGAAACUGAAGAAGGUGAAAUCAAGACGAAUAUCGUAGCUGCUAAAGUCCGUGUAAGUCCAGUGAAGCCAGUAUCUUUGCCACGAUUAGAACUAUGUGGCGCUGCGCUACUGGCAAAGCUGCUUAAACAAAUUAGAGAAGCCAUGAGAAUCCCUGAAAGCCAAGUGUUCGCAUGGACUGACUCAACAAUUGGGUAG